UAAUAAAAGCAGCGAUUAUGGCACACAGUGAUCAUUUGUUCGGCAACUGUCUUUCGAUACCUAUCAUUAGCAAAUUCAAGUGUUUUAUUUAAUUCCAGUUUCACAGUUCGUUUAAUCGUAAUGAUAAAAUUUACACUUUUCAUCUCCUUUGUCUAUAACGUCCUUGGUCAACGAGACGGCUUUUUACCACCAGUCCCAGAAAAAUGUAUUGGAACUACGGAAUUGCAUUAUAGAAACUGCUGCGUGUUCCCACCAUUCUUUACACGUGAGGUUGCCAAGGAGUGUGGAGGAGUCAUGGAGGUACUCUUCGUAGACCAAAAGAACAAUGUAACUGGCUACCGAAGACGAGCCUUCGAUUGCAAUUACUGGAAAUGUGUACUUGAUAAGUAUGGCCUCCUGGCCCAAUAUGGUGACUUGGAUGAGCAGAAAUUCUAUGCUCAUCUCGACCUCUGGGUAUCAUUAAAUCCAAUGUUUACUGAUGCCAUGACAGAAGCCAAAUCAUAUUGUAAGGAAACCAUAAGAAUUUAUCUACCUCUAGACCCCUGCGAGUUCUACCAGCUUCAAUCAUGCUUCAGAAAUUAUUUGAACGUGGACUGUCCAGUCGUCAUUCCUACUAAAGAAUGUAUUGAAAAGAAGGAAUUCUACAGGGAAUGCAGAGAAUUCUAUCAUAAGAGGAAAUAAUUGUAAUCAAACGAAUUAUUAGUAAUAAUAAUGAAUUGUUAUAGUACCACAGUUUUAUUUCCAUGGUAUUAGCUGUACUAUUUAAUUCAAUGCAAUAAAAUAUAAA